GUCCUCCCAUGGACACUUGGAUAUCUUCUCUGCAGAACAAGGCGUUAGCUCAUCUCACGAAACCCUAAUUUAUAUCCUUCUUGUUCUUAUCCAUUUGAUCUUUCGACUUCAACCCAUCUCGAUUCACUCUCUUCUUUCCAUAUCCAUUUCAUCAAGUUACCUUCUUGCCUUAAUGUUCGAACGAUUUUCUCGGUCAUCCAUGUUUGGGGAAUCAGUGAUUUAACAAGAAAGCAUGAAAGUGGUAGCAUACCUAUCUAACACAUGGAAAGUCAGAGAUCAGUGUCUUUUGGGCUUAACGACAUAAAGACGAGUGAUGUCACUGUUUGUCUGAGGAACAGCAAAGGAAGACCUGAACUGUUCUAUUUGCAUUCAUCAAUCCUCAAAGAAAAGAGCAAGUUCUUUGCGGAUAAACUCUCUGAUCCAAAUUGUGGUACUUCUAUUGAUAUCUAUUGCUUAGAUUUUAACUAUGAACACCAUGUUGACUUUUUGAGACGCCUCUAUUAUUCAAAAGAAGCUCUCUUGGAAUCUUGGAACUCUGUCCACUCUGCUCUCGGUGUUCUUCAAGUAGCAACUGAGUUUAACUGUCAACAGAUCAUCGACAGCUGCAUUCAGUACUUAGAAGCUGUUCCGUGGGAGGACACAGAAGAAGAACUAAUCUUGAAAGUAGUCUCGAAACUGGGUCCAGAAGCAAUGCCUAUACUAGCCAGGGUUCAACCCGUGGACUUUAGUGGUACCAAAAAUGUCUUCCUUUCCGCUAUCCGUUUCGCCACGUCUAUUGUUUCACCAUCCCCUCCAUUUGGGGACGAGUUGAAAACUUCGGCUCAAGAACAAGUCGAGUACAUGUUGGGUGACGAUGAUGAAGAAAUCCCUCUAGUCAUAGCUGAUGAAGAAGUGAAGUCAGAGUCAAAGAAGGGACUCGCAAACAUUUGUUCAUUGUUCGAUAAGGAACUUUCUUGUUUACUUUCACAGGCGGACGAGGAGGCAACAGAGAAGAGAGUAAUGCAGUCUUUAUCAGAUCUUGGAUGGAUUUGUAACAUUCUUUCCAAAAUGGACUUAAUGAAAGAAUUUGUGGACCAAUGGAUUGACUUUUCCAAUCGGGUAAUCGGGGUUAUGGAAGACAAAGUUUUGAAAAGUAGCAUGUGGGGUUUGAAGUUGAAGCUUGUAGAACUAACCGGGAAGGUUUUAGAUGCAGUCGGAUAUGGAAAUGUGAUCAUUCCAGCUGCACGUCGAGUGGAGCUAGUGAAAACAUGGCUUCCUUAUAUCAGACAGAUGAAACCCGUUCUUGAUUCAAUUGGAAACGAAGAAACUGGAUAUCCUUACAAGAUGGAUGAGGAUUUGUGCCAGAAUAUCGAAGGGGCAAUUGUGGCAUUGUUAUCGGCACUUCCUUCAAACGAUCAAGCUGAUAUAUUAGCAGAUUGGAUGAAUGGGGAGCAAGUGAAGUAUCCAGAUUUGAGUGAAGCUUUUGAGAUAUGGUGUUAUAGAACAAAAUCAGCAAAAAGAAGAUUGGUGGAAGGGUUGGAUAGAGUUGGGAAAGCUACUGUGAGCUUGUGAUCAUAUACUGGUUGUAAGUUUACCAAGUUAGAAAGGUUAUUAUUACUAUAUAUAGAAAGAACCUUGAUUUAUUUCUUGGGUGGUUUGCAAUUUUCAGUUGCUAAUUUGAAGCCUAA